AUUUUCUGCAGCGACGUGGAUCAGAACCGGUACGUUCUGCCAGAGAUACAGGAGCGGCUCGCUGAGAGUCUGAGACUACCUCAGUCACCAGUUGUACACGAGCAAAUCUUCCUGUUUUUCCGUGUGCUUACUUUGCGCAUGUCGGCGCGGCAUUUGACACCAUUGUGGCCAACGAUUGUAUCAGAAGUUGUACACGUGUUACUUCAAAUGGAAAGUGACCUGGGUUCUGACGGUAAGUCAGACAAGCAAAGAAUGGUUGUAUCCGAAUUACUUCUCGGCUCAAAUGGGUAUGUGAACUACAGUCAGGAAAAAUGGCUUGGGUUGUACCUUGCGGUGUGUAAACUUCUCGAUCUGUCCCAGGCUCUGCCUAGUGAUUAUUCAUAACAGUUUUAACUCUAUCGCUGGGCAUUUGAUGGGGAGGCGUAUAACAUGACCGCUGGAGAGUAAAGGUUCCAGUUUCCAAGUGUCAUAUAGUUUGUUGGGACAAACUUCUCCAGAAGAGGAUAAGAGAUCAAGUUGAUGUCGAAGAGCUACAGCGUGCGCCAGGAGAACCGUUGCUGACCAUGUGCCAGAUCAAAUCUUCGGGUCAGCUGCUUCUCUUCUUUAAGUGUUUGUCUAGGGACAGGUACUCUGGCUGCGGCGAGAUGCGGGCCAAGAGUAGCAAGUCUAAAUCCUCGCAAAGUAGAAGUUGA